AUGGCAGAUCAGGACAGUGAGACUGACCAGGCUGAUGCGGAGCAGAGUGUGUUUGAGACAAACGAAGAUGAAAGCUAUAACGAAAAUGGUGGUGAUGCUGAUGCAGUAGACACAACAGCAGAUUUUCUGAGGAUUUUUCAAGGGAAAACAGAGUUUGACAGUUGGGAGGAGUUUACCACACUCUUUGAAGAGUUUCAGAAAGAAACUGGGUCAGCUUUCAAACCAAAGUCGGCCACUAGCAUAGAGUAUGCAAAUGAACGCAGGGUAAAGGACAAAAUUCCAGAACGAUUCGUCUACCAGACAGUGAAGAUGGUAUGUCAGAACUAUGGAAACCCAGUGAAAAGGAAAGGUAGUACUCGCAACGUCAAAAAAUACGUGGGUCUCGGAUGUGAGGCAAUGGUUCAUCUCCGCUACAAAGGAGACUCUCUCAACAUUGUCAGCUGUAAUCUGGAACACAGAAAUCACAAAUUAUUCUCAGGAUCUGAAAUCAUUAGAAAUGUCCGAUCAUUCUCCUUCACGGAUGACAUUGACUUCCUGAUAGCAAAAGUUGUCCUGGAACACAACCCUUUUGCUUCGUGGAACUCUUUUAAAGAAUGGCUGUUUUUAGUCGAGGACCUGCGCAGCAGAGAUGUCCGCUUGAGGACUGUGACAAUUCGUGUGGUCAAGAAAAGAAUCAGAUUUCUCAUUGACAGAUACAUGGCCAAUAGUAAUGGCAGGCCCCCGCUACCAGAUGAUGAGAUGGGGAUCAUCUUGUACGAGUUAGCAAAAGCAAAGCAGGACGCCAUGGAUAACAUUCCUCAGCAGCCAGUGAAGAAAAGAGGCAGGGGCCGGCCCAGGAAGAAGGAAGUUGAAGAAACAGACGAAGAAGAAGAUAUACAAGAUUCACAGAUGGACCUUGACGACUCUCCCACAUAUACAGGAUCUGCAUCAGCUGAGAAGUUGAAACCAAAGAAGCCAGUGACAGCAACAAGUUCCUUUGGGAAAGACAUCUUUGCCUUUCUGGAGUACAUGGAGAAGAAGGACGAGGAAGACAAAAAGCUGAAGCAGCACGACAUUGACCUCCGGCGUGAAGAGCUGGAACUUCACAAAAAAGAAUUUGAGUUACAAAGGGACAGGUUUUAUUUUGAUCGAGUGGAGAGACAAACACAUCUAGACCUGCUAAAGGCACAGCUGGAGAUUUUUGCAGGGCCAAAGCCAAGGCACAUUAUUCAGGAGAGCAAAAUCGAUCCAAACGCAAUUACAGAAUAUACUAUUGUAUUGAAUAACGACCAUGUGGAUUCAUUUAACAGUUUAAGGAGUUACGUCUGUGAGUGUUUGGGUGAUCUUUUGACAAGUGUAGAUAAGAGCUGUAUGUAUAAUAUCACGCUAAAUACCGUGUCCCUCCACAGUUGUUUGCACCCUGUGUUUUGA